UCCAUGAAAAACCACUGAGAUUUGAGAGAGAGUGGUUCAACCAAUGUCAAAUCAAAAAAGCAUUGUCGUCACAAACAAAAUUCCAGCAAAAUCUAAGGUUUGUUCCAAGUGUCAAAGCGCGAAAUCAUGACCAAUUGUGAAAAGGCUGAGGGAUUCGUCUGCAUCAGCUGCUUAGACGAGGUACGGUUAUCUUUCGCGAGCCACCUCUCCGAAGCUCUCCGCCGUAAAGGCAUAAAUAAUGUAGUCAUAGAUGUAGAUAGCGAUGAUCUUUGCAAGGAGUCGCAGGAAAAGGUAGAGAAAGCUAGGGUCUCUGUGAUGGUUUUAUCCGGAAACUGUGAUUCUUUCGAGGUAUGGCUUGACAAGUUCGCGAAGGUUCUCGAGUGCCACCAAAGGAACAAGGACCAGGUGGUGGUUCCAGUGUUAUACGGUGACAGUCAAUUACGGCUCAAAUGGCUUCUCGCGCUUGAUUUGAGAGGCGUAUCACCAAUUCACAAAUCCAGGAAGGAAUGUAGUGACUCCACACUUGUAGAAGAGAUUGUGAGAGAUGUGUACGAGAAGCUUUUUUCUAUGGAACGAAUUGGAAUCUAUCCGAAGCUGCUGGAGAUUGAAAAAAUGGUUAACAAGCAACCGUUUGGCAUCCGCUGUGUUGGUAUUUGGGGUAUGCCUGGCAUAGGAAAGACGACACUUGCUAAAGCAGUCUUUCACCAAAUGUCUGGCACCUUUGAUGCUUCUUGUUUUAUCCAAGACUCUGACAAAUCUGUUCAUGAGAAGGGUCUUUAUUGUUUGCUGGAGGAACAACUUUUGAAAGAUAAGCGGACCGUUAUGGAACUGAGCUCGCUUAGAGACAGAUUGAACAAUAAGAGAGUUCUUGUUGUUCUCGAUGACGUGCGCAAUGCUCUGGUUGCAGAGUCUUUUCUCGAGGGGUUUGACUGGCUACGACCCGGAAGCCUGAUCAUCAUAACCUCUAGAGAUAAACAGGUGUUUCACCUUUGCCGGAUCAAUCAAAUAUAUGAGGUUCAGGGUUUAAAGGAGAGAGAGGCUCUACAACUCUUCUUGAUGUGCGCUUCUUUAAAGGAUAUAGUAGAGCAGAAGAAUCUCCACGAGCUGUCUAUGAAAGUAAUAAAUUAUGCUGAUGGAAACCCGUUAGCUAUCAGUGUUUAUGGAAGAGAGCUGAAAGGUAAGAAAAAACUCUCGGAAAUGGAGACUGCAUUCCUCAAACUCAAGCUUCGUCCUCCAUUUAAGAUUGUCCAUUCGUUUAAAAGCAGCUACGACACACUCAGUGACGACGAAAAGAACAUUUUUCUGGACAUAGCCUGUUUCUUCCAGGGAGAAAAUGUCAACUACGUGAUACAACUGUUUGAGGGUUGUGGUUUUUUUCCGCAUGUUGGAAUUGAUGUUCUUGUUGAGAAGUGUCUGGUGACUAUAUCAGAAAACCGAGUGCGGUUGCAUAAUCUGACCCAAGAUAUUGGCCGAGAAAUAACAAAAGGAGAAACAAUACAGAUCGAGAGGCGCAGAAGACUGUGGGAACCUUGGAGCAUCAAAUAUUUAUUAGAAUAUAAUGAAGACGAAGGAAAUGGAGAACCUAAGACAACCUUCAAACGUGCUCAGGGCUCUGAAGAGAUCGAAGGCAUGUUUCUGGACACAUCAAACUUAAGAUUUCAUGUGCAGCCCUCUGCCUUUAAGAAUAUGUUGAACCUUAGAUUACUCAAGAUCUACUGUUCCAAUCCUGAAGUCCAUCCUGUAAUUAAUUUCCCCAAAGGCUUAUUCCUUUCUCUUCCUAAUGAGCUAAGACUCCUCCAUUGGGAGAACUAUCCUCUGCGAUCUUUGCCUCAAAGUUUUGAUCCUAGGAACCUUGUCGAAAUCAACAUGCCGUACAGUCAACUUGAGAAACUUUGGGGUGGAACCAAGAACCUGGAGAUGUUGAAGACGAUCAGGCUUUGCCAUUCCCAAAACCUAGUUAAUAUCGAUAAUCUCGUAAAAGCUCAAAAUCUUGAGGUAAUUGAUCUCCAAGGUUGUACAAGACUGCAGAGUUUCCCAGCCGCAGGUCACUUGCUGCAUCUACGAGUUGUAAAUCUCUCAGGUUGCAUAGACAUUAAAAAUGUCCUAGAGAUUCCACCAAAUAUUGAGACACUAAACCUAGAGGGAACUGGCAUAUUAGCAUUACCGCUUUCCACAGUUAAGCCAAACCACAGAGAGCUUGUGAAUUUUCUAACAGAAAUUCCGGGUCUUUCAGAGGCCUCGAAACUUGAGCGUUUAACAAGUCUGCUGGAAUCUAGAUCAUCUUGUCAAGAUCUUGGGAAGCUUAUUUGCUUGGAGCUGAAAUAUUGUUCUUGUUUGCAGAGUUUGCCAAACAUGGCUAAUUUAGAUCUUCUCAAUGUUCUUGAUCUCUCUGGUUGCUCAAUGCUCAAUUCUAUUCAGGGUUUCCCUCGGUUUCUGAAAGAGUUAUAUCUUGCUGACACUGCAAUUAGAGAAGUGCCACAACUUCCUCAAAGUCUAGAACUCUUUAAAGCACAUGGAUCUUGUUUGCGAAGUUUGCCAAACAUGGCUGGUUUAGAAUUUCUCAAAGUUCUUGAUGUCUCUGGUUGCUCAGAGCUCGAGACUAUUCGGUUUCCUCGGAACCUGAAAGAGUUAGAUUUUGCUGGCACUACGUUAAGAGAAGUGCCACAACUUCCUUUAACCCUAGAGCUCUUGAAUGCACAUGGUUCUGAUAAGCUUCCUAUGCAUUACACAUUCAGCAAUUUUUUUGAUCUAUCUCCUCAAGUGGUCAAUGAUUUUUUGGUGAAAGCGCUGACUAAUGUAAAACACAUACCAAGAGAGUAUACACAGGAUAUCAACAAAGCUCCGACUUUCAGCUUCAGUGCGCCCUCACAUACAAAUCAAAAUGCCACACUUGGUCUGCAACUAGGAUCUUCUGUAAUGACACGACUAAAUCCUUCUUGGAGGAACACGCUUGUGGGCUUUGGUAUGCUGGUAGAAGUUGCAUUUUCGGAGGACUACUGUGAUCCUGCAGGUUUUGGCAUAAGUUGUGUUUGCAGAUGGAGCAACAAAGAAGGCCGCUCUUAUAGGAUAGAAAGAAAUUAUCACUGUUGGCCACCAGGGAAAGUUGUUCCAAAAGUUCGAAAGGAUCAUACGUUUGUCUUUUGUGAUCUCAACAUGCGCCCAAGUACCGGUGAAGGAAGUGACCCUGAUAUCUGGGCUGACUUAGUUGUAUUUAAGUUUUUUCCUAUUAAUCAGCAGACAAAGAGUCUAAACGACAGGUUCACAGUGACAAGAUGUGGAGUCCGUGUAAUAAAUUUGACAAGUGGCAAUACAAGUCUGAAGAAUAUAUCACCAGUUUUGUCCUUGGAUCCGAUGGAGGUUUCUGGUUAUGGAGUAGUUGAAGAAGCAUUGAGAGUCAGUUAUGAUGAUUUACAGGAGAUGGAUAAAGUUCUAUUUCUUUACAUAGCGUGUUUGUUCAAUGAAGACGACGUUGAUUUGGUGGCACCACUUAUUGCCGGCAUCGACUUGGAUGUUAUCUCUGGGCUCAAGGUCUUAGCCGAUGUGUCUCUCAUAAGUGUAUCAUCCAAUGGGGAAAUAGUGAUGCCUUGGUUGCUACUAAAAAUGGGUAAAGAAAUCCUCCAUGGACAAUCCAUGCUGCUGUCUGAUUGUGAGAGUUCCAUGAGCGAAAAUUUGUCUGACGUACCAAAAAAACGCAGGAAGCCCAACACAAAGAAAGUGGUUUGCGUACCGGCUACAUAUGGUGGAGAUUCAUGGAGUUGGCGAAAGUACGGUCAAAAAGAGAUCUUAGGUUCUCGUUUCCCAAGGAGUUACUACAGGUGCAGUCACAGGUUCACGCAAAAUUGUUUAGCUGUGAAACAAGUCCAACCUAGCGACAGCGAUCCAAACAUGUGCACAAUUACUUAUAUCUCUGAGCAUAACCAUCCACUGCCCACUCAACGCAAGGCUCUCGCCGGCUCCACUCGUUCCACUUCCUCCUCUAUCUGCUCAGCCGUAACUACUACUUCUGCCUCAUCUAGAGUCUCCCAAAACAAAAACAAACCAAAUAAACCCCACUUGCCUUCCUCCUCCACUCCUCCUGGAGAUGCGGCCGACGUGUUUAAAGAGAAGGACAUGGAGGAGUGUCAGGACAAUAUGGAGUUUUAUAAUGACGUUGAAGAAACACGUACACUGGAAUUGUUCCCAGAGUUUCAGCAUCAGCCGGAGGACGACCCAUGUUCAACAGUAAUCUUUGAUCAGACUGUCUUUGAUAGAGAAACUCCGACUAAGUUGGUCUCUCACAGUAGUAAUAUCAUUGAACACGACAACUCCUCAGGUUUGUUCCCAAUCCCAAUCCCAAUCCCAAAGUUAGAUCAGCCGGAGGAAGACCUUUCAAGAAUAUGGGAUUACCCGGAUUUCCCGACAUGGGAUUACCCGACAUGGGAUGAUAUACUUGGAAAGAGUAAAAAGGAAUAAUGGACACGUGUAAGGUGGAGAUUAGAAGCUUGAAACAGGGACUGAGAUCAUUUGAAUGCUAACAGAGGAAAGAAGUGUUAGUAGAUAACAAGGCUCUCGCCGGCUUCACCCGUUCCACUUCCUCCUCUAACUGCUCAGCCGUAACUACCACUUCUGCCUCAUCUAGAGUCUCCCGAAACAAAGACAAACCAAAUGAACUCCACUUGCUUUCCUCCUUCACUCCUCCUGGAGAUGCAGUCGACGUGUUUAAAGAGAAGGAUAUGGAGGAGUGUUAGGACAAUAUAGAGUUUUAUAAUGACGUUGAAGAUACACGUACACUGGAAUAGUUCCCAGAGUUUCAGCAUCUUCCUCAUCUUCCGGAGGAAGAAGACCCAUGGUCAACAGUAAUCUUUGAUCAGACUCUCUUUAAUACAGAAGCUCCGGAGGAAGACCCAUUUUCACCAAUAUGGGUAUGGGAUAACUAUAAGGUGAGUAAACAGGAGUAAUGGACACAUUUAAGGUGAAGAUUAUAAGCUGAAUUCAAGGACUAAUAUACGGUGCUCCCGAUUAUUCCUCCACAAAUCCCAAAGCCUAACACCAAAAUUCCCCUCCAGUUUUUUAACCUACAAUCGCUAACACCUUGUAGAAGAUUGGAAUGAUUAGGAGUUUGCCUUCAUCCAUGCGUUCUUUGAUCUUGAAGAAUUCGUCUAAGCACCAUGUUUGAGAAGAUUACGAUCGCAACCUUGACUCCUUGAUACUCCUGUAAUGUCUCUAACUGGCAACUCAUCCUCGUCUAUGUCAACAUUGAAUCCAACCCUUUUCAAGGCUUCCAAAAGUUCACCAACAAAGCUGUCUCGCAGGUCUGUUCCCCGGAAGUUGAUAAACUCUUUAUGGGCUGAGGGGGGUUUUAGAUCACUAUAGUAGAGCUUUUGUUAAUUUCUCCUUUCUUCUUUUCUUCACUUAGGGCCUGUUCGUUUUCAUGUCACUGGCGACAGAAAUCAGCGACAGCUUUUUGAAAAAUAACAAAAAAAACCUUAAAUCUCCUUCUUCUC